GCUGGUGGUAAAGCUGGGAAGGACUCUGGAAAGACCAAGACCAAAGCAGUGUCCCGUUCUCAGCGGGCUGGACUGCAGUUCCCUGUUGGCCGCAUCCACAGGCACCUGAAGUCUAGGACUACCAGCCAUGGGCGUGUAGGAGCCACAGCUGCUGUGUAUAGCGCUGCAAUCCUGGAGUACUUAACAGCUGAGGUUCUUGAGCUGGCAGGAAAUGCAUCCAAAGACUUGAAGGUGAAACGUAUCACUCCUCGUCACUUGCAGCUUGCAAUUAGAGGAGAUGAAGAAUUGGACUCUCUCAUUAAGGCAACAAUUGCUGGUGGUGGUGUAAUACCGCAUAUCCACAAGUCUCUGAUUGGAAAGAAAGGACAACAGAAAACUGUCUAAAGGAUACCAGGAUUCCUUGUUAUCUCAGGACUCUAAGUACUUAAUUGUCCAGUGUUGGUGAUUCCGGUGGACUGUAUCUGUGAAACACGAUUUUGCCUUUUUGUAACUUUGAGAAGCUAAAGCUCCCUUGAGCUUUCUAACAAACCAAAUUUCUGCAUUGAAGUCUUAACCGUAUUUAAGUGUUACCAUGGCUUCAAAGAAGCUAUUGUAUUUGUAGUGGGUUUUGAUUGAGCUGACUUGUUUUUAGAUUGGUUUGAUUAAGUAAAGGAAAUGUUUGGUUUUGUACAGACUUUUGAUCCACUAGAGUGGAAAUAUUCAAUAAAUGUUAUAUCGAGACUG